UAUUUCAACACCCGUCGUGUGGUCACACUAGAACUUGCCGACUCAAAAAUGGAAACGAUCAACCCCACAUUCUCGUAUCUCACCAACCUGGAGGUGAUGCAGAUUCUGCAGAAAAUCAAGAGCACGAAGAAGAAGUUCGGCAUGCGUAACUUGGCCACGGUUACCUACGAGGCACUACAGUAUCUGGAGGAGUCGCCCUGCAAAACCCAAACCCGCGAGAACAUCGUCAACUAUGUGAAGGACCUUUCCUCCUACCGACUAAAGUCCCACGAGAUCCUGCAAAUGAUCAACGAUCCGCCAACCAGUGCUCUUCACACGCAGCUGCUCAUCGACGACAACAAGGCACCACUUACUGAUGAGGAGAACGAGAAGAUAAUCCAGCUGAGCUACAAGCAUUUCCAUGGCGGAGAAACUAAGGACGCCGUCAAGGAGACCCCGGCUGAAAAGCCAGCAGAGGCAACUGGGAAGACGGCGGGCAAGCAAUCUGGCAAGCGAGCUAAGAACAAUUCAACGGCUGAAUCCACUCUAGCGGCUGGAACUGCUCCGCUAGCGACAGAACCUGCUCCCCCUGCAACAGAAACUGCUUCCCCUGCAACAGAAACUGCUCCCCCUGCAACCGAAGCUGCUCCCCAAGCAAUGGAAACUGAUCCGCCCGCAGAUACUGCUCCUUCAACAGCAGAGUCAACUGAAGCAGAUGCAGAAAUCCUCCAGGAGCAGCCAACUAAAUAACUCAAAACCUCAUCACGUUAAACGUUUCAUUUUUAUGUUUGAAGUAGCGUAUAAAAUAAGCUAAAAAAUUGAUUAAUUUAUUUAAGUUCGCUUCUGAUCGCCCAAAUCCUCGAUGACAUCCUCGUCGAUUUCGGCCCACUUUUCGGGUAUGACAUCGAACAGGUCGUCCUUGACAUCGCCCUGGAUAACGAUCUCGUCGUCGCCGGUCACCGAAGAGCCGCAGGCGAACUUGGUGCCAAAGAACUUGGCGGCCACCUUGAGAUCAAUGUCUGGAAAGGUCGGGGAAGUUAUUAAUCGAGGCGAUAGAUGAUAAUAAUACGAUGAGAAGACCUGUGCUUCUUUUGGUACAAUAAAUGACUUUAAAAUCAAA